GCUGGAUCGGGAUAUCGGGAGAGCCGGAAGAGCAGCAGACAGAGCGGAGGACCUCCGCAGUUUCUACCAACGGCCAAAGCGGAGCUCAUCUACCGGGACGGACGGUCCACCUCAGCCGGCUGGAGUUAACUAUUCCUGGGAGAAGCGAGUGACUUUGGCUGAUAGAAGAUGUGGAAAGCUGCUGCAGGUCAGAAUAUCAAGGUGGCCGUGGAUGACGGAGGAGACGACUGGGAGACCGACCCCGACUUUGAGAAUGACGUGUCGGAGAAGGAGCAGCGCUGGGGGGCGAAGACGGUGGCCGGAUCAGGACAUCAGGAGCACAUUGACAUCCACCGGCUGCGUGAGACCGUGUCCACAGAGCACACCAGCCUGAAGCAGAAGGAGCUGGAGAACAUGCCCAAGGCCUCGCACGGUUACGGAGGGAAGUUUGGCGUGCAGCAGGACCGUAUGGACAAGUCUGCCGUGGGUCACGACUACCAGAGCAAGCUGUCCAAGCACUGCUCCCAGACGGACACCGCCAAGGGGUUCGGAGGGAAGUUUGGAGUUCAGGCCGACCGGGUGGACAAGUCGGCUGUCGGCUUCGAGUACGCUGGGAAGACGGAGAAACACGCCUCGCAGAAAGACUACACCACCGGGUUCGGGGGCCGGUACGGCGUGCAGGCGGACCGCGUGGACCAGAGCGCCGUGGGGUUCGACUACCAGGGCAAAACGGAGAAACACGAGUCGCAGAAAGAUUACGCAAAAGGCUUUGGAGGAAAGUUUGGUGUGGAGACGGACAAGGUGGACAAGAGCGCCGUGGGCUUCGAGUACCAGGGCAAAACGGAGCGGCACGAGUCGCAGAAAGACUACGUGAAAGGCUUUGGCGGGAAGUUUGGAGUUCAGACGGACCGGCAGGAUAAGUCUGCGCUGGGAUGGGACCACCAGGAGAAGCUGCAGCUUCAUGAGUCCCAGAAAGACUAUAAGCGUGGGUUUGGCGGGCGGUAUGGGGUAGAGGUGGAGAGGCAGGACCAGAGUGCUCUGGGCUAUGAGCACAAGGAGAACCUGGCCAAGCACGAGUCCCAGAAAGAUUAUUCCAAAGGGUUCGGAGGGAAGUUUGGUGUCCAGAACGACCGCAUGGAUAAGAGCGCUGGAACCUUUGAGGACGUGGAGAAGCCGAAGCCGUCCUACCAGAAAACCAAACCUGUAGAAGCUGCGAGCAGCAGCACCGGCAGCAUCAAAGCCCGCUUCGAGAACAUCGCCAAGCAGAAGGAGGAGGAGGACCGGCGGCGGGCCGAGGAGGAGCGGGCGCGCCGACAGGCCAAGGAGCAGCAGGAGCAGGAGGAGGCGCGGCGGAAGGCGGAGCGGCCUGCCUCUCCUGUCCACGCUCCGAGUCCGACUCCACCAGCUCAGCCUGAAGAGGAGUACCAGAACAAUCAGGAAAUUCUGAGCGAAGCUGCUAGAGACCCAGAACCGAUCUACGAGAACACGGAGGACACCCAGGAUGACUAUGAACAACCAGAUCUCUACCAGAACCCGGAGGAGCCCGCUGCAGCAGACGAGUACGGAGAGGACCUCGGGGUGACGGCUGUGGCUCUAUACGACUACCAAGCAGCCGGCGAUGACGAGAUCUCCUUUGACCCCGAUGACAUCAUCACCAACAUCGAGAUGAUCGAUGAGGGCUGGUGGCGCGGCGUUUGCAGAGGCGCCUACGGCCUCUUCCCUGCCAACUAUGUGGAGGUGCGGCAGUAACGGCGCUCCUCCUCACCUCAUGUUAGAGCUUCGACGCUGCGCCGGCCCCUUGGUCUCCUCGCUUUCUUUCCCUCCCUCCAUCGUCCAAUCAGAUCCUACUUCCUGUGCAGCAGCAGACAGGAGGAGCAGCUUCCUCCGCCUUAGAAGCAGAUAGAUGCAGCAGGUCGCUUAACUUUUACUCCCUGAAGAUGCAGAUUAAUCAGGAUGAGUUUGGAAAUGAAUUUAGUCUGAGUAGAAACUGGCUGAACAACAGGAGGGGCCGGAGGCAGCUGUCUGUAGCUCCACCCUUAACUUCUGAUCAUGGACCAAAAUCCGUUUCUCCAUGUUGGACCAGAGGUCCGACUCCCUCCUGACUGAAGCUGCACCUGAUGAUUCAUCUUAAGCUUUGUCAGAUGGUAUUAUUGCCUCUAAACGAUCAUGGGAGGGGGAGCUAACCCUUCCCUCCUCCCUUCAGAGUAUUAUGGAUGCCCCGUUUGGAAUCAUGUCCCGGUAAAUCUGUUCCUGUCGCCGUUCUUCUCUUCAACGUUGAAACAUUUUGAUUGAGCUGCUCUGAAUGUUGUUUUUCUGUCUUAAUGUUUCUUCACCACCAGGGGGCGUCUGUUGACCUCAGAGGUGAUUGACCUUUAAAAACAGCGAUGGCGGCUAAACGGGCUCAUUUUUAAUAAUUCAUCUCUGGGUUUUAUAAUAAGUGACCUUUUCAAAUGGAUUAUUUUUGUUUUUGUUUCAGUUACAUCAUAACCUGCUCGUUUAUUUGUUUUUGUUUUUUCUUAAGUUUCAAUAAAUAAAGUAUGAA